ACCGCUCCUGGCCAGGCUUUUAUUAUUGUCCCCAUUUUACAUACAAGGAAUCUGAGGCUCUGUGAGGAGAAAUAGCUUAGCCCAGGUCAUCCAGUAGGAAGCGGCUGGUGUGGAGGAAUAGUGACCAUGGUGGGACAUUGCCUAGCCUAAGGUUGAAAAUACGAUAUUCAGUCAGGGCUGGGCUGUUUCUCAUGAUCAAAGGCUGCCUUGUUCUUCUGCCCAACGGCACAGGAAAUUCCAAGGUGGUUUUCCUUACAGGCUCCUCCGAUGGAGCCCAGGUACCUAAGCCAACUAAAGAGAAGAUGGAAUUGAAUACCUCAACCUCCUUGUCUGGGCCUCUGUGAUCGCUGAGGAGGGGGCUGUUGGUUGGAAAGCUGUGAGCUGCUUUGGACCUUACCUGGGAAUUUCCCUGGGCUUGCAGCCUUUACCCUAUCCUUGAAAUGGUUCUGGCUGGGUAGCAACCUCUAGGUGGUGUGGGUGAAAUUUGGGACUGGUUAAGGGCGGGGACAAGACCAAGAACACAAGUUUCCUUGUGCUGCGGGAGAGAGGGACGGAAGGAAAUUGGAGACCCAGGUACCCCCUUGCUCACUCCCUUGCUCACAGUCCACGAUGGCCUGGUCCGUGGUGUUCCUUGGGGUCAUCUUGCUGUCUGCCUUCCCAGGACCUGGUGUCAGUGGCGGCUCCAUGCCCAAGCUGGCUGACCGGAAGCUGUGUGCGGACCAGGAGUGCAGCCACCCGAUCUCCAUGGCUGUGGCCCUUCAGGACUACGUGGCCCCUGACUGCCGAUUCCUGAACAUUCACCAGGGCCAAGUGGUGUAUGUCUUCUCCAAGCUGAAGGGCCGCGGGCGGCUCUUCUGGGGAGGCAGCGUUCAGGGAGAUUACUAUGGAGAUGUGGCCGCUCGCCUGGGCUAUUUCCCCAGUAGCAUUGUGCGAGAGGACCACAUCCUGAAACCUGCCACAGUCGAUGUGAAGACAGACAAAUGGGAUUUCUACUGCCAGUGAGCUCAGCCUACCGCUGGCCCUGCCGUUUCCCCUCCUCGGCUUUAUGCAAAUACAUCAGCCCAGUGCAAACGG